AUGGAGGACUCGCAGCUCCCGUCGCCUGCCGGGACACAGCUGCUCGUGGAUGUCAGGGGCGCAGAGAUCGUCUCGAGCAAUUCGGAGGACCCCGAGGUGUACCUCCCUCACCACGAGGAAAUGAUCUCGCACAUCGCCGUCGACAUCGGCGGCUCCCUCGCCAAGGUCGUCUACUUCACGCGGUCAUCCGCACGAGAAGCGAGACCCUCGGCCAACGGCAUCGCCUCGCCCUCCCCUUCCUCCUCGCCCUUCGUCGAAUCUCCCGCCCAGCCGGCAACGCCCGUUCCUUCCACCUCGAACCAGCAACCCCCUCAAUGGGAGCCACGACGAACACCCUCCCCUCCCCAACCGCACCAAGCGAAACCGAACGGGAUCCUCGGUCCCAAAUCGUUGUCGCACCGACCACCCUCUCACUCUCCCUCUGCCUCUUCUCGCGCCUUCCACUCCCGACUGCGACGAAGAUCCUCGACCUCUCGUUUCCCGAGCGGCGGCCGCCUGAAUUUCGUCAAGUUCGAGACGUCCGAUUUGUCAAGCCUGAUCACCUACCUCGAGACGCUCAUCUCGUCCUCGGCACAGGCGAACCGCGUCCCCGUCGAAGUCAUGAAGCGCAACGUCAAGAUUAUGGCGACGGGAGGCGGGGCGCACAAGUUCUACCGGCAGUUGAGGGACGCGCUGGGGAUUGAAGUGCGCAGGGAGGAAGAGAUGGAGUGUCUUGUGCUUGGAUUGAGCUUCGUGAUGGAGAUCCCGAACGAGGUGUUCUGGUACUCGGACGAGUUGAUCCAGGCCGUCUCGCACCCUCAACAACGCGCCCUCUCACAAGUCAACAUCCCCUCAACGCCCUCAUCCUCCGCCGUCCCCCUCCCGAUCCCUCCAAACCUCGACAUCCCACUCCCGACCACCCCCUCAGUCCUCGCCUCCUCCACCUCCGCCUCGUCCCUCUCAAUCCCCUCCACGCCCCCUCUAAACGCAGACGACCUCCCCCGCCCCUCCCCCAACCCUCCUCAAUACUCUCUCAAAUUCGACUCGCACCCGUCACCCGCUCAGUUCCCCUGCUUAUUGGUCAACAUCGGCUCCGGGGUGAGUAUCGUCAAGAUUGAUGACUAUGGAAAGUUUGAGAGGAUUAGUGGGACGAGUCUUGGAGGUGGGACGCUCUGGGGGUUGUUGAGCUUGUUGACCGGCGCGAGGAGCUUUGAUGACAUGCUCGCCCUCGCCGACAGAGGCGACAACUCGUCCGUCGACAUGCUAGUCGGCGACAUUUACGGCCAAGACUACCAAAAGAUCGGUCUCAAAUCCUCCACCAUCGCUUCUUCCUUCGGCAAAGUCUUCCGACGAGGAGAGGGGGCAGGAGUGAGAGGAGAGGAUGAAGAUGAGGAGGAGGAACGGAGGAAGAGUUUUAGGCCGGAGGAUAUUAGUCGGAGCUUGCUUUAUGCCAUCUCGAACAAUAUCGGGCAGAUUGCGUACAUGAACGCCGAGAAGCACAACCUCGACCGGAUCUACUUUGGCGGCGGUUUCAUCCGAGGCCACGCAGCAACCAUCUCCACCCUCUCCUACGCCAUCCGAUUCUGGUCAAAAGGCACCAAACGCGCCCUCUUCCUCCGCCACGAAGGCUACCUCGGCGGGAUCGGCGCGUGGCUGAAGAAUAUCGGUGCGGGAGCCGAGACGCCCCCUCAGGAUGGCGGCGGGUUGGGGCUGCGGGAUGGAGAGGAGCGGUCGCUGGUCGACGCCGAGGAGGAGCGGAGGGGACGAUGA